AUUUUCUAGAUUUUGACGGAUGACAGUUUGGCGUUGCCAAAUCAAGUUUAUAUUGACGCUAAAACCAAAUUAAUAUUGUACAUUUUAAAAAUAAUUGUGCAAAAAUUCCUUCUUUACGACAUAUACGUAAUAUAAUUGGACAAUUGUGUGGUUUUAAUUUGCUUAAUUUUAAAAUUUCUCAAAACAAAGCUGAGUUUGUCAACAAGGCAUAGAUGUCGCUGGUGACAUUUGUUGACGUUUAUUAUUCACAAAUUUGUCAUACAACAAAAAUUUGCAAUAAAAGCAAGAGAAGAUAGAUUGUUUAUCACACAGGAAGUAACCAUGAUUAGUUUCCAGUUGGUUCGUUAAUGGUUAAUGAUCUUAAUUUAAUUCGUGGACCAUUUUUUUAAAGGUGCUUUGUUGUAAAAAUGUCACACCACAGAAGAGAUUACAGAAGACAGCCUACUAGUAAUUUUACGUACGUUAGCCCGUGCGUCAAGUACUUGAUUUUUUUGCUUAAUUUUGUCUUUUGGUUAUUUGGGGGCCUUUUAAUAGGCAUUGGUUUGUAUGCCUUCGUUGAUAAAUGGCAGUUAACAGGACUUGUAAAGUUGGAUAAUAUUUAUGAUGUCAUCCUUAACAUUUCUUUGGUUAUGGUGAUAAUGGGAGGAGUUGUUUUUAUUGUUAGUUUUGCUGGAUGUGUGGGGGCCCUUAGAGAGAAUACCUGUCUACUGCAAUUUUAUUCACUUUGUUUGCUGAUAUUUUUCCUGUUGGAAAUGGGAAUUGCGAUUGUCGGAUUUGUUUUUCCAAGAUCUAUGCAGAGUGUGUUGGAGGAAAAUUUCACAGACAAAAUCAUACACACAUACAGGGAUGACCCCGAUUUACAGAAUUUUAUUGAUUUUGCUCAAAUGGAAUUCAGAUGUUGUGGUUUGAGCUCAGAAGGUUACAUGGACUGGUCAAAAAAUGAAUAUUUUAAUUGCACUUCUCCAAGUGUCGAGCAUUGUGGAGUACCAUUUUCUUGUUGUAUUAAUGCAACAGAUAUCAGCUCCCGAUUGGUCAACAUAAUGUGUGGAUAUGGUGUGCAAACAUUAUCGGUCGCCGAGGCCAGUAAAAAGGUGUGGCCCUCGGGAUGCAUAGAGAUCGUGAGAUCUUGGGCCGAAAGGAAUUUGUACACCAUCGCGGGCAUCGCCCUAGUGGUGGCGCUCUCUCAACUGUUUGUGAUAUACCUGGCGAAAACUCUAGAGGGCCAGAUCGAGUUGCAAAAAUCCAGUUACUAUAAAUACUCGCGGUAUAACAGCCUUUAAUUGAUACUCCAAAAAUAUUAACAAAAAUAGCAAUAAUCUAUUCUAAAUCCCCCCUCCAUUGGAUUCUCAUUUGUUACUCUAAUUUAGAAAAAUGGAAUAUGAAAAUUAUGCCAAUAAAAUAUUGGAAAAAUUUGAAAAAUGUGAUUUAUUGUAAAAUAAUCAUUAUUUUAGAAGAAGCACUUCUAUUUCUUAAAUAGCAUACUAUUUUUAUGAUGUACUGUAUAUGUUAGCGUAUUUGUAAAAAAUAUUAUAUAAUACAUAAUGUAUGUUUUUACAAGACAGUCUUAUUUUAAUACCUCCAAAUAAAAACACUUUAUUGUG